CAUCACCUCCAUCAUCUCCGUGGUGGAAGCAGGAUGUCGCCCCGCAGGCUGCUGCUCCUGCUGCUUCUCCUCGGGCUCUGCAAAGGCCUGGAGGCGAGCGGCGAGUCCUGCGACGACUUCACGGACCUGGACCUGUCGCACUGCCUGGUGGGAACCAGCCUGUACGUGCGGCUGCUGCUCUACACGCGCUCCAACCCCGACUGCGGCCGCGAGCUGGACCACCACCGCCCGACCUCCCAGCCGCUCUUCAACCUGUCGCGCCCCACCGCCUUCGUGGUCCACGGCUACCGGCCCACCGGGGCGCCCCCCAUCUGGAUCGACCACCUGGUCCACCUGCUGGUGGAGCAGCGGGACAUGAACGUGGUGGUGGUGGACUGGAACAAGGGGGCGGCCAACCUCAACUACUUCAUCGCCGUCAGCUACACCCGGGAGGCGGCGCACAACCUGACCGGCUUCAUCGCCACCAUGCAGGAAGGAGGAGCCUCUCUGAGCUCCGUGCACCUCAUCGGCGUGAGCCUGGGGGCUCACCUGGCCGGAUACGUGGGAGCAAACCUGGGGGGGAAGAUCGGACGGAUCACAGGUCUGGACCCGGCCGGCCCGAUGUUCACCAGCGCCACGGAGGAGGAGCGGCUGGACCCUUCAGACGCCACGUUUGUGGACGUGCUCCACACCGACAUGAACUCAUUCGGCCUCCAAGGAGCUCACGGCCACAUCGACUUCUACGCCAACGGGGGGGCCGACCAGCCGGGGUGUCCCAAGACCAUCUUCGCAGGUAAGUCGUACUUCGUGUGCGACCACCAGCGCUCCGUGUUCCUGUACCUGUGCGCGCUGAACCGGAGCUGCAGCCUCACCGGCUACCCGUGCGCCUCCUACGGGGACUUCCUGCAGGGCCGCUGCCUGCAGUGCGAGACCUUCCGGCCCGCGGCCUGCCCCCUGCUGGGCUACGACCUGACCCCCUGGAGAGAGACUCUGCUGCGACUCGGUCAGACCAAAGUCUUCUUCAGCACCACGGCGGCGCCGCCCUACAGCAAGCUGAACUACAGAGUGGACAUGGUGACCUGGAACCAGUACCUCCGCUGGGGGGUCGUCUACAUCCGGCUGCACAGCGGCAGGAACUUCACCGAGGUCCGAAUAGACCAGAAGCGGCUGCGGUUCGAGCAGUACACGUCCACGCGGCUGCUGGCCCAGUUCGACGAGGACCUGCCGCAGGUCCAGAAGAUCUCCAUGCGGAUCAAUACGGGCAACGUGAUCGGGCCCCGGUACAAGAUCCGACUGCUGAGGAUCCGCUUCACGCCGCUGGAGCGGCCCGAGAGGCCUCUGAUGUGCCGUUAUGACAUCAUCAUGGAGGAGAACAUGGAGGUGGCGUUCCGACCUUUGCCCUGCGGCUCCCACCUCUGACUCCCUGGCAACCCUCACCUCCUCCUCCUCCUCCUCCUCUUCCUCCUCCUCCUUCUGCUGAAAUGCACCUGAACAAAGAAGAACCCCCCCACAGCCCCUCUGGGUGCCACAGAAGGAGCUGAUGUUAUUAGUAUUUAAUCACAGAGGUCAGAGAAGUGACAUAAAAGUUGAAAAGAAUUGACAUUAACAAGAAACUAAUGUUUGUUUGAUAAAUUGAUCCCGUUAUUGAUCCUUGAUCAAUGAGCUUCUGACCUCCGCGUGCCUUCGACGCCGCCGUCGCCAUGACAACGUCUCGUUGGUCCACAAGGACCUCGAGGUGUUCACCUCGGUGGUUUCCUGUCGAACGGACGCCGUUGUAGUUUUUCUUUUGUUAAAAUGAGGCGAAACAGAACUCUGAACCUCAAAUGUCUUCUGUGUGUUUUUCACUGGUUUGAAAUAA